GAUCAUAUUACAAGCGCGGGCGCCGAGAUAUAACUUUUGAGUUUGAUACUUCGCAUAAAUAUUGGCCUACUUCCCUAUUGUUUGAACUGAACUUUUAUUAAAUAAACCACAAAUUCACGUCAAGUUCUUCUCAUCUACUGUAGAGAAUGGCAGAUACACAGCUCUUCCGUGCGAGGAGGGAGUUUGUGGAUCGAGUAUCGAAGGAUGUCGUCGUGCAGUUGCUGGAUGACCUUCUGGAGGACGGGGUUAUAAACGAUGGAGAAAAGGAGGCCGUGAUCGAGGAGAACGGAAGCAGAGCGGAAAGGGCGCGCCAUCUCAUUGAUAAAGUGCAAAAGAAAGGCCCAAAGGCCAGUGGGAAACUCAUUUCUCGGCUGUCGGAACGCGACCCCAACCUGUGCGAGCUCCUGAAACUGGCACCACCCGAGUCCCCAGCCCCGGCCGCCAAGCUGCCCCAGCAGGAGACCACCGCGGUGUCCCCGGUGCUUAUCUCCUGCACCGCAGAGUUCAAGAGGGCCCUGCUGGAGAAGGAAGCGGGUUCGAUUUACGUCCCGAAGCCAAAGGGUCAGCGCAGGCGCCUGGCUCUGCUCAUCAACAACGUCCAGUUCGACCACCCACCCUUGCUGAGACGCGGGGCGGAGAGAGAUAAGGAAAAUAUGGAGAAGCUCCUCAAUGGCCUGGACUACACCGUGGAUGAACACAGCAAUCUGUCUGCUCAGGACAUAGAUGAAACUGUGAAAAAGUUCUCUCAGCGUGAGGAGCACUUGGAGUCGGACAGCGCGUUCGUGGUGAUCAUGUCUCACGGAAAGAGGGAUGUCAUCUGCGGCGUGCGCUACAACCCCAACGAGCCUGAGAAGGACCUCUUCAGCAUCGACAACAUCUUCAAACACCUCAACAACCAGAACUGCCCGGCACUGCGUGAUAAACCCAAAGUCAUCGUGAUACAGGCCUGCAGGGGGGAUGAAAGCGGGUCCAUGUGGGCGUGUGACAGUGUGCCCAACCCCUCAGGUCUGGAGGACGAUGGGAUAAGAAAGCUACCCAAGGAAAGAGAUUUCAUCUGUCUUAUGUCCUGCACCCCCGACACAAAAUCCUACAGAAGCCCUGAGACGGGAACUCUGUUCAUCCAGAAGCUUGUGGAGACCAUCAAUACACACGCCCACAAGGACCACAUUGUGGAACUUUUCCGGAAGGCCAGUAUUUACACCUCACAGAGUUCAGCCUUGCCCAGCCUGGCCCUUACACCUGAUUAAGUUCUUUCAGUUUAAAGAACCUGUUGCUGUUUGUGUUAUACAGUCUAACGCUUGUCAGGGUAGAUUUGGUCUUAUUUAAUAUGCAAUGGCGUAUCUGACAAGAUGCCAAUUGAGGAGGCACUUCUUGCACUUGCUGUCUCUCCUGAGACUAUACUCAGUGCACUUUGACCCCUGACCUUUGCACUUGCGUUUGCCUCGGAAGUUACUCUAGCUAAGAGAAUCUGCUAAAUGCCAGUAAAGGAAUUAUUAAAUGAUUGUUCUGUUCAGUGAAAGAUCGUACCUUUAGGAGGACAUUAACCUUUAGAUGGACUAAAAUUCUGUGCAAAGGUGCACAGUUAAUCAGUUUUCAGGGGACAAAGUGUUAUUGUGGCAUAAUGUGACGCACUCCUGUUUAUUCUUCCAAUAGGUUAUGAAACAAUUUGAAGAUUCCAAAUGGCAAAUGCCAUCCGGAGACCGAUGGACUCUGAUCAAUAACUUCUACCUGUUCCCUGGACAGUGAGCCUCUGGUCCCUGCCUCCUCCUGCUGUCCUAAUCACGUCUUAAUCAGAUGAAGUGAUUAGUUGUUACAGUGGGCUUCUGAGUCCUGCGUCUAGGUCUGGUGUUCUACAUUUAAUCUCUGGUUCUUUUGGAAUAUUUUGCUGUCUUUUGGUUUCUGCAUUUUUUGACUACAUUGGGACAAAUAAACUGUGGGUUGAUGCCUUCUCUCAUUCA